GUCAAAAAUUAAAUGACAAGUUGACAGAUUUUCUCAAGAGAUCUCCGCAGCUAUUUGCAAUUUUCCACUCCAAUUGCAAAGAAAAAUUCAAGUGCAUCCCACGGAAAAGUCUUCAAAUGUGCCUCUAAAACAUUUUCAAAGAGAUUUCCCAGCAAAUAUUGUCAGUCCGACGUGAGCUGUCAAGGUGCCGAGAUCGUGAAAGAAAUAUUUUGCGCUAUUUUACCUUGAUUUUCGUGAAUUUUCACAAGAAAAACACUAAAUAAUUAUGCUGGAAGUACUAAUGAGUGGACCAAGUGUUUGAUUUUGCGUGAAAAACGUGAAAUCUACGUGAAUUUCGUACAAAAAAAUUGCUGAGCAUUUUCCACCUCAACUCCUCCGGGGCUUCGGUUGUUGCGUGAAAACUCCAAUCCGGGACUUGGGGAAGAGAAAACGCGGCGCCAUAUUAUUUUAGUAGCACGCAAGAAAUUCAGAGAACCCGUGAAGGAGUGUUUUUUGGAAUCAACGUGGGGGAUACCGAGAGAAAGAGACUUUUUCCGGGAGGGGCAACAUUGUCAUGCUACCACCUGCCCUUUCGAACAGUUUCAGUGGAAAUAUGAAUUCUGUGUACGAAAGUAGCACCCGGAAAGAUAUUAGGGAUCUCGUGCAAGAAGCUAGAAUCCAAACGCAGCUUCUUGCCAAGGAAGCAAAGGAACGUUUCCACUCUGGAACGGAGACAGAUGAAUCGGGAUCUGAGCAAGAUCAUGUUAGUCAGUUGAAGCUUGAAAAGGAAAAUGAGGGAAUAGUUUAUCAUGCAGCUGGCGUGAAUCUCGACAAUUCAUCAGUACGGAAGCGUCGUGGGAAUCUACCCAAACACUCCGUAAAGAUCCUCAAACGAUGGCUCUACGAACAUCGCUACAAUGCCUAUCCGAGUGACACGGAAAAGAUAACUCUGUCCCAAGAGGCAAAUCUCACUGUGCUGCAGGUGUGCAAUUGGUUCAUCAAUGCACGUCGUCGGAUUUUACCUGAAAUGAUCCGUCGCGAGGGCAAUGAUCCGCUGCACUAUACGAUUUCACGACGAGGAAAGAAGUUGGCUAACAUGAAUAUGCACAACAGUGUCCAACUAAUGUCACCGCAAACAAUCACAGGGGACACAAUUGAAAAUGAAGUCAUUGUGGGGGCAACAGAGGAGGUUGAGGGUGAGGAAGAGGUUCACGAGGGUGUGGCCACGGUCCUCACAGCCCUUGGGCAUCAGGUUUUCCAGACAACUGCUGGGAAUAUGGUGAAAGUGGAGAGAGAUAUAGAUUAUGAUGAUAAUAUCAUAUACAAGUCAGAGGAUGAGAGUGCAAAUGAGUACGAAUCAUGUUCUCCUGAGGAGGAAGAUCAGAAUAAUUGGCAAGAAGUUAUGCGAUACACAGACAAGGAUGGCGAAGAAAUAACUGAAGAGAUUGAGGCAUCUCCUGUUACUGGCUACUGGAGUUCAUCACAUCCGCAUUUGGCACACCUACCCCAAUUGCCACAUCCUCUAACGUCUUCAACGCCAACAGUUCCCGUGGGCUUGUCCCGUGUUCAAGUUAUGCCAGCGCAUCCCUCACCGGUGCUGCAGCAGAAUUCUGACUCAAAUUCAUCAAUAAACAACAACACAUCGAGUACUACCCAGAUAGGAAGUGCAAAUCACGUGACAAAAGCUACCAUAAAUAUGCUGCGGCGCAAUAAAGACAAAUUCAAGUGUCUGUACCUGCUCGUGGAGACAGCUGUGGCAGUGCGUCAGCGAGAAAAGGAACAGGAUGAUGUCCACGUGUUGGGAAAUUGAGCGGAGCGAGGGAUGAGGCAUCAAUAAUUAUUUUAAUUUAGUCGCGUUUCAUUUUUCACAGCAACAGCAAAAUAAAUCUCAUUCAAAUCAAUCCUAUACACUGGAAGUAUAAAUUAACUAAAUUACAAAACGAAAAAAAUAGUAAAAAUAGAACAUAUUUGUAGUUUUCGGUAAUUUAAAAAUAACAACUAUUACUUAUAUUAUUCUCUUUUUACAAUUUUUGAGAUACAUACUAUAAAAAAGCGAGUAUGUGAGAGAAAAGGCCAUUUUAAAAAAUAUAUAAUUUGGAGAUUUGUACAGUUUACACAACGUUAGAUUUCAUUUCAUUUUCUUCCUAAAAUCCAAAUUAAAUUUUUCCUUGCCAUGGUCGUCACUGUAAACACUACACUUCUCCACAAUUAUAUUCCAUCUUCUCACUUGUAUUGGAAUAAAAGAAGUGAAAAUAAAUUAAUAUAAUAGAUUUAAUUAUAUAAAAAAAAGUGAAAGAAAAAUUAUUUCUGCACAAAAAGAAAUAAUAAAAAUAAUCACAUCAAUUAGUCAAUAAAAAAUCAAUAGAAAUGAAGGAAAAAAAUCACAUCAGAGACAAGAAAAAUGUAUUUAGAAUAUAAAA